AUGGGUGUCCUCUCGGCUAUCAUCGUCAUUCUGCUCACCCUCUUCUUCCCACCAAUUGAUCUCCUCAUCAACAUCUGCCUAACGAUACUCGGUUUCAUACCCGGCACAAUUCACGCCUUCUACGUACUCUACGUCUACUACGACCGUCGAGAACAAAGCCGCAUCGGCGCUCCCCCUCCCUCACGAGCUGCGGGCAUCUUCAGCGAACGCGUACAGAACGGUGGCAGAUACGGGUACGGAACGAUGCGCUAG